CCCCGGCGUGGCCCGCAAGCUCCCGCCUGGCGCGCUAACCGCUCCGCCGCCGCCGCCUGACCCCUGAGACACCCAGUGGCAUCAUGUCUUCGCCGCCCGAAGGGAAACUAGAGACUAAAGCUGGACACCCGCCCGCCGUGAAAGCUGGUGGAAUGCGGAUUGUGCAGAAACACCCACACACCGGAGACACCAAAGAAGAGAAAGACAAGGAUGACCAAGAAUGGGAAAGCCCCAGUCCACCUAAGCCGACUGUGUUCAUCUCUGGAGUUAUUGCCCGGGGUGACAAAGACUUCCCCCCGGCGGCGGCGCAGGUGGCUCACCAAAAGCCCCACGCCUCCAUGGACAAGCAUCCUUCCCCGCGUACCCAGCACAUCCAGCAACCACGCAAGUGAGCCGGGCUGGACCCGCCUGCCACAGCAGGGCCCAGCAGCUGCAUCAAAUUUGUCCCCGACAAAGAGACCUGACACUUUCCUCAAAUACAGCUCGGCAGGAAAUCUAAGGCAAAGCAAAGCGCCCUUCCUUUGCCUUAAAUUUCCAUAUUUAAAACUAGCAACAACUCAAACCCCAAACCUUGUCUACAGGGA